AUGGAGGGAACGAACCCAAGAGAAAUUCUCAGUUGUGCCUGCUGUUUGAACGAUAUUGGGGAUGAAGAAUAUAUUUCGGCACUCGGCCAGGAAUGGCACAAAGACUGCUUUAGGUGCUCAGAAUGUGACGCUCAGCUGACGACGUGGUACUUCGAGAAGGGUGGCAUGCUGUUCUGUCAGGCGGACUACUGGACUCGGUAUGGCGAUAACUGCCAGCAAUGUGGCCAGGUAAUAACGGGCCCGGUGAUGGCGGCCGGGGAACACCACUUCCACCCGGAGUGCUUCGCUUGCGUGUCGUGUAGGGCUCACUUGGAGGACACGGAGCCCUACGCACUGCUAGAUCGAUCGGAAUUAUACUGUGGUGCGUGCUACCCGGAUUGGCUGCGUAGAGGCAGGCGCGACGCGCACUGCAUACGCGUGGCGCGUGCGCCCGCCCGCGCCCUCCGCCUCACGAGCACGGCUUGCGGCGAAUUCAUUGUUGCACAGAUCGAUUCAAGCUGUGGCAUGCUGGCUCUGCACAUAGGGGACAAAGUCCUCGAAGUGAAUGGCACUCCGGUGCGCAACAGACCCUUGUCAGAAAUAGAAAGGAUUCUGGCGAGACCUGAAAUUAUACAGCUAACUAUAGAACAUAAUCCUGACACAAUAAAUGCAAAACGAGGUACUUCAGACGCUCAAAAACUAGAAAUAGACACAGGCACAGCACACGAAGUAAAAUCACCUGUCGAAAGAAAACUGGUCAAAGAAUACAUUCCAAACAAACAUUCCAAUGAUAAAGAAGAAAUGAGAGUGAGACGAGAAAGACUUUUCAAGAGGAAAGGAGAAGAUGGUGGGAAAGUUCGUGUGAUAAAGAAAAGACAAACUCCUUCUUCUCCACUUUUGGGUGAUAAGGAGAGGAGUAGCAGUAUGUCGAAAUUGUUGGACGUUGUAGAAGGUGAAGAAAUAGAAACCGACGGUGUACUGGGAGACUUGAGUAGAGCUCGCUCGUUUAGAGCUGAGCCAUGUUCCGGACAGAAAGUGUUCCGCGCUUCAGAUUUGAUACAGGGUGAGCUCCUAGGCACGGGAUUCUUCGGGCAGGUGUACAAAGUGACGCAGCGCGCCACCGGCGAGGUGAUGGUGCUGAAGCAGCUGUACCGCGUGGACGAGGCCGCGCAGAACAACUUCUUGAAAGAGGUGGCGGUACUGCGGUCGCUGCGGCACCGCAACGUGCUGCGGUUCGCGGGCGUGCUGUACCGCGACCGGCGCCUGCACCUGCUCACGGAGUACGUGGCGGGCGGCACGCUGCACGCGCUGCUGCAGGACGCGGCGCGCGCGCUGCGCUGGCGGGAGCGCGCGCGCCUGGCGCGGGACGUGGCGGCCGGCGUGGGCUACCUGCACCGCCGCAACGUCAUACACCGCGACCUCAACUCCCACAACUGCCUCGUGCGCCCCGGGGAGGAGCUGACGGUGGUGGUGGCGGACUUCGGGCUGGCGCGCAUCGUGCAGCGCACCGCCAGCAGCUCGCUGCCCAACUCCUCGCUGCGCCGCAAGCGGUACACGGUGGUUGGGAACCCAUACUGGAUGGCCCCGGAGAUGAUGAAUGGCAAAGUGUAUGAUGAGAAGGUGGAUGUGUUCUCCUUCGGCAUCAUACUUUGUGAGAUAAUAGGUCGCGUGUCGGCGGACCCCGACUACCUGCCGCGGCGCUCGGACUUCGGCCUCAACGAGCGCCUGUUCCUGGAGAAGUUCUGCGCCGCCUGCCCCGAGCCCUUCUACCGCCUGGCCUUCCUCGCCUGCGACCUGGACCCCGACGCCAGGCCUUCGUUCGAGGUGAUGGAGAUAUGGCUGGAGUCGCUGGUGAUGCACCUGAGCGGCGCGCGCGCGCCGCCGCCGCCGCUGCUGGCCGACAUCCUGCAGUACUCGCGCGCGUCCGCGCCGCGCCGCGCCACGCCCGAGCGCGGGCGCCACGCCGCCGACGGCAUCUUCGUGCUCGACCAGUGCGCCCCGCCCGCUCUCAGCAGGAACAAUAGUGUCAACGAUGGCCUCGCUAAGUCGCAGUCGAACGCGCAGCUCGCCCCGGGCGCGGCGGACGAGGGCGGUUGCGGCGGCGGGGGGCGCGCGCUCGGCAAGUGCGUGUCGGCCAGCCACCUGGCGCCGGCCGCGCGCGCGCCGCCGCCGCGCCUCAGCCGCAGCGCGCAUGCGCUCGCGCCCGCGCCCGCGUACAUACUGAGCGACGGCCGCGGCGGCAUCAACAUCACCAAGGUGGACGACAUUUCCGAGUGGCUCGGCCCUCCACCCCCACUCAAACGCAGCAGCCCUGACGCCCAUCUCAACACCCUCCUGGACAACAAAACACGCAAACUGCACGAAGAUCUUUUACCCUCUUUCCUCCGAAACCAAUCCGUCGAGGGUUUGGAGACCAGCUCCAAGGGUUACAGAGACGCGUUCCCAUUCAGCAGACAUUACAGCAUCCCUGAUGCAGAUCAGGACUCUUCAUCGUCAGAUGACGAAUUCCAAAUCGAAACCCCUAGAAAUAAUCUAGCAAACAUCAAAAAUAUUAUUCUACCAAAAAAAGCCAGCUAUGACGUCACAGAUGUCACAUUGCGACAUAAAGACGAGAGAAGUGUGGAUGCGGAAGACUGCAAACGAUUUAAUAUCGAUUAUUUAAGGAAAUCCCCCGUCAUGUCCAAGGGCAUAGACAACAUUCCAAAGAGCUUAGAUGUAGCUAAACAAGAAAAACCUAAUUUUUUUACAAAAAAAUUACUCUCUCCAAAACUUAGCAGAUUAUUUAAACCCAACACAACAGAAGUAGUACGGAAACCGGAACUAAACGAUAACGAGGAAAAAUCUAGAAGCAAAUUCUUUAUACAACGUCCGACAUCCCCAAUUACCAGAUCAAAUCACAGGGUCAGACCGGAACCGGAAAAGAAACCAAAUUUGAACCAAGAAGUUCUGAAGAGUGACCUCAAACUGGCUAGUAUGGGGAAACCAAUGACGCCUAUUUUUCGACGACACUUCCCCUUUGACACCCCGGACUUUACAGGCAGGUAUAGCUGUCGAGAUCGCAGAUUCGAACCUAAAACAGAUAAAUUCGAAAUAGGCCGGAACAGAUUCAAAAAUCCAAUGGGAGCUGUCGAAAAAAAAUUAACCCAAUUAAAUCGCAACACGCAAAAUACUGUGUCUUUGUCCCCCGUUAUCGAGAAGAAAGUCGAUAAAAAAGACGACAGAGAAAUGCCAAAACGACGUGAAAUAGGCAUCUCUAGGAGUAAUUACGUGAAGUUGGCUAAUUUACGGAUAAGUAAAGAUUUGCAGAUGACGGAUAAAAAAAGUGAUACGGAUGAAAAUUCACCCGUCGAACGGGUUAUU